AUGAAGAAUUUUUUAUCGAUCUUUGCCGUUUUAAUAUUAGUUUACGCUAUUGAAUCUUCAACUUCAUCAGGACGAGACAAAAAUGAAAUAAGCUCAAAAAAUAUUACACAAGGAGAGACGAGCCGAUACCUCGGUCUUUACAUGUAUCAUAAAAAAAGUAAACAUGUCAAGAAAGGUAGAAAGAGAAACAAUAACUUACUUGUAACUUCGAAUCCCUACCUUCAAUUAAAAUCUGAUUCUGAUUCUGAAUCUGAGUAUGAAUCUUUUUCUACAUCUGAAGAUAUUUCGGACUACAAAUCAAUAGAAGAUUCCUUCUCUGAUGACUCUAGCAUUGAAUCAGGUGAAAGCUCCGAUUCUGACUCUGAAGAAGAUUCUGAUUAUGACUCAGAUUCUGGAGAAAAUUUUGAUUAUAUUUCGGAAUCUGGUGAAGAUUAUGUAUCAGAAUCUAAUGAAGAUUAUAUUUCUGAAUCUGGUGAAGAUUACAUUUCUGAAUCUGAAGACGACUCUUACUCUGCAUCUGAUUCUCAAUCUGAGGAAAUUUCUAAUUCAUUGUCAAGUGAAGAUUAUUCUGCAUCUGAAUCAGAUUCAAAGGAACUUUCAGACUCUGAUUCGAUAGAGAGUUCUGACUCAGCAUCGGAAGAAACCUCAAACUCUUCAUCUGAAGUGAAUUCUAGUUCAGCAUCAAGCGAAGAAGCUUCCGCAUCUGCAUCGGACUCUGAGGAAGAUUCAGAAGAAACCUCAAACUCUUCAUCUGAAGUGAAUUCUAGUUCAGCGUCAAGCGAAGAAGCUUCCGCAUCUGCAUCUGACUUUGAAGAAGACUCAGACUCUACUUCGAUACAGAAUUCUGUCUCAGCAUCGGAAGAAACCUCAAACACUGCAUCUGAGGUAAAUUCUAAUUCAGUGUCAAGUGAAGAAGAUUCUUCGAAAUUAUCUGAUUCUGAGGAAGACUCAGACUCUGCGUCGAUAGAGAAUUAUGACUCAGGAUCGUUCGAUAUCCCAAGCUUUGAGACUGAGGAAAGUUCUAGCUCAUCGUCAAGUGAAGAAUAUUCAAUUACUGCAUCUGAACUUGUGGGACACUCUGACGCUGUAAACAGUUACGAGUUUGAAUCAGAAGAGAAUUCUGACUCUGAAUCGUAUUUUGAUUCUAGCUCCGAAUCUGAAGAAGAUUAUGACUCAGAAUUUCAGAGAUUUCUUCGAAUUAAAUGA